CUCUCUUUUUCCUGCGCUCGUUUGUUAGACCUUUUGAGGUUCGCGGCUUCUCUGCUUUCGCAAAGCGCAUAUCUUCGCGACGAAGAGUUGACCUACACUUCAAGGGCCUUGAGGUACUCGUCGGUUCGCCAUGGCCUCUCAAGCUCGUGCAUUCCAACAAGCAUGUCGUCUUCGAUCUCAACCCGCCGCCGCAGCGAGCAUACGAUUCGAGAACCCACAAGCUGAUGCCACCACCACCACCCUACUACUCUUGACCACCACUUCUCCCCCUUCUUAUGCAUCUCACAACUCGACAUCGAGACCUCAGAUACGAACUUUGUCUCGGAUGGUCAGUCGCCCUGCCCUUUCACUGCCCACCUCCGGACAAGCCUUCCGUCAUGCAAGCACCAGUAGCUCCUCCUCAUCCAACACUCCCCGACGAGCCAUCAGCGUGACCAGCGACGACGGACGUUACAAUUGGUCCGAACUCAGUACAUCCGAGAAAGCGGCCCGGGGGACACAACAGACGUUCAAUUUUCUUGUCGUCGCCGCAGGUCUCGUAGGGACUGCCACGAUAUCCUACCUCUUGUACCAAGAACUCAUCUCCCCGGACUCGUCGGCGAUCCAAUUCAACGCCGCAGUGUCACGUAUAAAAUCGUCGCCCGAGUGUCGAGCCCUCCUAGGUCCUUCCAGGGAGAUCAAGGCCUUCGGCGAACCCACCUCCAACAAGUGGGCGCGCGCCCGACCCCUCGCGCACUCGACCGAGACCGACCGAUACGGGACGACGCACUUUCGAAUGCACUUCAACGUGGCAGGGCCCGAGGGCUCGGGCGUCGUGAGCGUGCACAUGACCAAGCCGCGCGACGGGGACAGGUUGGAGUACCAGCUGCUCAGUCUGACCGUCAAGGGCCACGAGACGAUCUACUUGGAAAACAAGGAGGCCGAGAGGAACGUCAAGGGCAAGGUCGCCAAGAUGUUCGGGGUGCAAUGGCGGUAGUCCGGUCAGGUUCUCUAGUGUCCCGAGCAAGACACACCUCGAACGUCCCGAGUAGAGCCAGGAGACUGUUCCAUUACGGCGCAGAGAACCGCCAGUAUAACAAAGGCACCAAUCUGAGGCAACCACGAAACCAACAAGGGCUUCCUCGGUGGGAUUAGCAGAGAGCCAAAAAUGAUCUAGAUAUCGUGCUUCCAUGAAAAGAUGAUAUAUUGGAUCUCUUCUAUCGAGGGUUGUCAUCCUGAUGGUGAUGAUCUCGCUGCAUGUCCAGCUAACAGGCAUGCUAUUUGUAUUCUUCCAAUAUCAUUUCAAGACCA